UCUCUCUCUCUCUCUCUCUCUUAAUAAAUGGAAAUUAAACAAAUACUUAUCCUCACUUGUCAUAUCAUAUUACGAGUCAGAGUAGGAAUAUAAUUUGUAUAUAUUUAUAUUUUUCACCAAAAGAAAAGUCACUCUGAAGAGUAUACUAUGCAGUUACUCUAGUCGUAAAGAAACUGUUGCUGACUUGCAUUUCAGAUAAAGGAAACUGUAGCCACAAACCUGCCUCAGAGCUCAAAGUAUUGCUAUAUUUCAGGCUGCAUGAAGCAGAAUGAUAACUAGAGGAAGGGGUCUAUAAAUGCUGCAUCGUCUACAAUUUUGAGAAAGAUGUUACUGGAUCGGUGUACAAUGAAUUUUGUGUUUUAUACAUCAAUACCAGUAAGAAGAUGCUUUAUCUAUUCUGUGUGGAUUCUUCUGUGUUCGCAUUCAGCUGUAAGUACACAAAGUUGUACUGAGGUCAAUCAGACAGAGUCCAUCGUCCACCAUCAGAUCUCUCAGGGAUUGUCAACCACCAUCAACUGCCAUUACAGAAAAAACAGCAGUCAAUCUCUUACAGCAUCUUUGAGAACAAAACAUAAACGGUGUAACUACAUCUAUUUAAAUACAUCCUGGACUAAACAAUCCUGUAUUGAUGACAUCAGAUUUACAUGGAUUCCAGAAACAAAGGAAAUAUCAUUUCAGCUCUUAAAUCUUCAGAUAAAUAAUUCAGGUGUUUACACAUGUACUGUUGACAGUAUCCUCCCACCUCCUACAAGGUGUUUGGGACAGGAGACGACAUUCAUUCAUGUAAAAGACCUGCAACACAUUCCAAAAAAGGUUGGGACAGGAGCAAUUAAAGGCUAGUAAUCAGCUAAAUUGGUUAAAUAAUGAUGUGAUGUCAACAGGUGAUUGUAAUUAUGAUCUGGUACAAAAGCAGCAUCCAAGAAAGGUCUAGUCCUUUAGGAGCAAAGAUGGGCCGAGGAUCGCCAGUUUGCCAACAAAUACGUGAGAAAAUUAUUGAAAUGUUUAAAAACAAUGUUCCUCAAAGAAAGAUUGUAAGACAUUUGCUUAUUUCACCUUCAACAGUGCAUAACAUAAUUAAAAUAUUCAAGGAAUGUGGAGGAAUUUCAGUGCGUAAAGGACAAGGGUGCAAGCCUAAGCUGAACAACCGUGAUCUCCGAUCCCUCAGGUGGCACUGCAUCAAGAAUCGUCAUUCAUCUAUAAGCGAUAUCACCACAUGGGCUCAGGACUACUUUGGCAAACCUUAGUCAAGUACCACAAAUACGUAGUGACAUCCACAAAUGGCAGUUAAAACUGUACUGUGCCAAAAGGAAGCCCUAUGUUAACAGUGUCCAGACGCGCUGUUGGCUUCUCUGGGCUCGUAGGCAUCGGGGAUGGACCAUGACACAGUGGAAACAUGUACUGAGGUCAGACGAAUCAGAAUUUCAGGUAUUUUUGGGGAGAAAUGGAUGCCGUGUGCUCCGGACCAAAGAAGAAAAGGAUCAUUUAGACUGUUACCAGCAACAAGUCCAAAAGCCAGGGUCUGUCGUGGUAUGGGGUUGUGUCAGUGCCCUUGGCAAAGGUAACUCGCACUUCUGUGAUGGCACCAUUAAUGCUGAAAAGUACAUAGAGAUUUUGGAGCACAAUAUGCUGCCUUCAAGAAGACAUCUUUUCCAAGGACGUCCAUGCAUAUUUCAACAAGAUAAUGCAAAACCACAUUCUGCACACAUUACAAAGUCCUGGCUGCAGAGGAAGAGGAUACAGGUACUUGACUGGCCUGCCUGCAGUCCCAACCUGUCUCCAAUAGAGAAUGUAUGGUGCAUUUUGAAGCGCAAAAUGCGACAAUGAAGACCCCGUACUGUUGUCCACCUUAAGACUUGUUUACAGCAAGAAUAUGGGACAAAAUUACACCUGAAACACUUCAUCGCUUGGUGUCUUCAGUCCCUAAACGUCUUUUAAGUGUUGUGAAAAAAAAUGUCAACAUUACAAAGUGCUGUAAGUACACAAAGUUGUACUGAAGUCAAAAAGACAGAGUCCAUCAUCCACCAUCAGAUCUCUCAGGGAUUGUCAACCACCAUCAACUGCCAUUACAGAAAAAACAGCAGUCAAUCUCUAACAGCAUCUUUGAGAACAAAAUAUAACCUGUGUAACUACAUCUAUUCAAAUACAUCCUGGACUAAACAAUUCUGUAUUGAUGACAUCAGAUUUACAUGGAGUCCAGAAACAAAGGAAAUAUCAUUUCAGCUCUUAAAUCUUCAGAUAAAUAAUUCAGGUGUUUACACAUGUGCUGUUGACAGUAUCCUCCCACCUCCUACAAGGUGUUUGGGACAGGAGACAACAUUCAUUCAUGUUAAAGCACCUCCAUCUGUAUCUGUGUCAUGUGUAAACAGUUCUGACGGAGUUCCCAAAGUACUUUGCACUUCUGAGAGAUUUUACCCUGCUGAUCUGACGCAGACCUGGCUCAGAGAUGGAAAAUACAUCAAUUAUCUGAACACUUCUCUUAUACUGUCAAAUACGGAAAACCUGAACUACUCUCAUUUUAAUUGGAACUACAGAUACAACACAGAUGGGACUUACAGUGUCACAUCGUACCUUCAGUUGUCUUCAGACAGAGCAGUGUUCUACUGCAGGGUGAAUCACUCAACCCUGACCCAACCCAUCACUGUCAAUAUUUCUUCCACUGAGUGCACUGAGAGACGAGGAGACGAUACUCCAGCAGUGGCUUUAUCAUUCACAGGAAUUAUUUGUGGUGUGAUGGCUGGUAUUGGGCUGAUUCUCUCAGGAUGUUAUCUUUGUUUCAGAAAAAGAACUUAUUUAAGGUCUCCAGUAGAAGCAGCUCCAUUGCCUGACUCUGUGUCCCAUUCAACUCUGGGGACACAGAGAAACCAUCAUCCUGUUUCACAAGUGUACUCAACACUGGGGAACCAGCAGCCUGUUCCAGAGAUUUACUCAACAUUGGGGAACCAUCAGCCCGUUCCACAGAUUUACUCAGCAUUGGGGAACCAUCAGCCUGUUCCAUGCAGGAACAACAGUAAUGACAGCCCAUUUCCCUCACUAUGACACUCACAAAAUAAUCAAAUUUGUAAAAUUCCUGACUUAAUGUACCCACAGGAAGCUAUCCAGAUCUAAUGUAAUCUGAUUUAACAUUUCAAUCACUUUUGAGUGUCCCAUGAAACUGCAGAUGAGUUAAGAAGAAAUCAAACCAUGUUCACCAUUGCUUUUAUUUCCAUUGCCAUUUUUUGUCAUUGUUAUUAUCAUUAUUAUCUUUCAUUUUUAUUAUCUUUUAUUGUCUCUCAUCUAAUUUUCACCUUUCCUUUCCAUUUUGUCUCAUAUAUGUUUAGAUGUUUAAUGAUAUUAGCGGUGCAUGGUUGUUUAUGGAGGGAAAGAGUUCUGCACAAAAAAUCAUUAUACAAAACACAAACAGCUGAUUGGUGAAAACAGCUGAUUAUAAAAGGGUUUAGAAAUUCUUGUUGAAGUUUGUUGUAUUUUAUUUGUAUUUAUUGUUUUUUUAUUGUUUAGUGUAUGUAGCUUGCACUGUUUGAUUAUUUGUAUAAAUGUAUAAAAGUGUUCUUACACUUUCAUAGCGAAUUGUAAAGACAGUGACUGUGAAGUGAAUACAAAUGUAACUGUCUUGUUCUCCUUUUGUAUUUAUGCAACUUUUUAGUUAUAGCUAUCAGCUAUGCUGGGACUUUUCCCCGAUGUGUUCAUUGCUUAUAUGCAAACCACAUAAACAGUAAACAGCAUGAAUGACAUUCAGAAUAAAUGACUAAUUUCCUGGCAAGCAUGCAAAGUCUCCACAUACCCGGUAUACAGUACACGUUUUCUGGUCUUCUCUAAAUUUCUGCCUCAGACCUGCCUCAGAUCUCCCCUAGGGCCAUCCUUGUUUUCAGGUCACAUGAGACAAAACAAUGUUGUUUAAUCUAUGUAGACUUUCUCUGUACCAACUCACAGACUCUUGAAAUAUAUAUGUCAGUUGACCUUAA